AUGUGCUUCGCAAACUUGGCACUUGUUGUCCUUCUGAGCAACCGCUGGAUGGAAAGCGGCCACUUCCCACUUUCCAACAUGUACGAGUCUCUGAGCUUCCUUGCGUGGGGAGUCACUGCCGUCACGCUGUAUUUCACUGCCACAGAGGGCAGCAACGAUGACACCAAGUACUUUGACUCGCAGAGCAAGCUUGGUGGAGCACAGGCCAAGAAGGUCACCAGCGACAUCGCAGCUGUUUGGGCAUCACCAGUGGCUCUUGGCAUCGUCGCCUUUGCCCAGUUCUCCCUGCCCAAGGCUUUGCAGAAGGCUGGCGCUUUGGUUCCUGCUUUGCAGUCCAACUGGCUGGUCAUGCACGUCUCCGUCGUGAUGUGCUCUUAUGCCACGCUCCUCUUUGGAUCGGUACUUUGCAUGGCAGUGCUGGCACUGAGUCAGCCGAAGGAAAGCCCCGUGACGGCCAUCCGCGAGGCAGUCCAGCCAGCGCUCCAAACCAUCGCAAAUGGCCUGCAGCCUCAGCCCGCUGUUGCUACAGCCGGACAGGCUAUGGGCUCCCCCAGCACUCCCGUGGCCAUGACCGGUACCACUGGCCUUGAUGCUGGCAACACAGCAAGCAGCGAGAAGGGCCGAGACGUGGAGGUUGCCGUGGCGAGCUCUUCUGCUGCUGCCGGCAAUGUCACCGUUGAGUUCUCGUCCUCCUCAGCAGCUGCAGUUCUGUCCGAGGAUGAUCAGCUUGCGAUCACCUUGGAUGAUCUCGCGUACCGAUCCUUGUUGCUGGGCUUCGGCUUCUUGACCGCUCCUCAGAAUGAAUUCUUGAGCAUAGACCAAACUGUGAAGCCAAAUGAAACGCAACAAACACUUCACCCUACAAAGCAGAACUUGCCAAGGACCAUUGGCAUCGUUUCGGGAGCCGUUUGGGCCAAUGAAGCCUGGGGCAACUACUGGAGCUGGGAUCCAAAGGAGACUUGGGCGCUGAUCACCUGGUUGGUCUACGCAGGAUACUUGCACACCAGGCUGCAACUUGGCUGGGACACCAGGGAGAGCGCCAAGAUCGGCGCCUUUGGCUUCCUGGUGGUUUGGGUGUGCUACAUUGGCGUGAACUUGAUGGGCAUUGGUCUGCAUUCCUAUGGUUUUUUCCUGAAGUGA